UCGCCUCCGCCACCCAACCACGGCGGCCGCUUCGCGCUCAUGGCCGACUGCUACGCGCUCGAGAUGGACGACCUCCACCGGCGGUGGCUGCCGCCGGAGAUCCUCGACGACAUUGGCUUCGCCGACGCCGCGGCGUCGCCGGCGCCCGCCGCCAUCGAGGGCCUCGCGGCGCACCUCGCCGGCCUCCUCGGCAGCGGCCGCCGCAAGGCCCCGCCUCCGGCGUCCGCCGCCGCCGCAGCCCCCGCCUCGUACCACUACCACCACCACCACCUCCACCGCGCGACGGUUUGCGGGCUGGAGCGGCAGCAGGUCCUCGUGGCGUACGGCGGCGCUGCGGCGGCGGCGUCGGCGUGGCCGUUCCCGCCGUACUCGUCGCCGGCGGCGCAGUGGCAGGUCGCGGCCGGUCUCGUGAACGGCGGCGGCGCGCUGGACCACAGGCGGCGCCACGGCUCUCCCCCGGCGAAGCUGCGCCGCGGCGGCACCGGCGUGUUCCUGCCACGCGCCGAGAUGUACCACGCCAAGGCGCCGCCGCCGCCGCCGGCGGCGGCCACAAGGCCUUCGUCGAGAGAUGGGAAGGCGACCAAGGAUCGGCCCGUGGAGCCAGGACACGGCGAGGACCGGUCACCGGCGACCGAGACGGCCUCACCACCGGAGCCGACGACGAUGCAGCUGCGGCCGAGCGCCGCGGCGGUGGCGUUGCAGCACGCGUGCCCGGAGCUGGCGCUGCCUCAAGAAUGGACCUACUGACCAUCGACGAAGAUGAUGGGCGAAGAAGAACUAAAAUCAAUCAAAGGGGGUGCGUAGAUGGGAAAGAUGGAUAAAGGGAAAAAGGAAUAGGUUUUGUAGCUCAAUUAGCAAAGGAAUAAAAUGGUGUGAAGCAGCAGUUGUUGCUGCUGCUGCUGCAGCUGGUUGUAGUAGUAAGGGUAGUCUUUUACUGUAGUAUUAUUUAGUAGUGUACUGGUGGUUUAGCAAGUUAAACCGUUCUUAUUUGCAUCUUGUUGUGUUGUUAAUGUAGGCAGCAGCUCCAGGAAGAAUAAAGUGGUGACUUGUUAUAUCUUUACUUUAGCAUCGAGUUCGCUAAUUAUGGACUAAUUAGACUCAAUAA